GACUUUUUAGUCGAUUAUACUGAAGUGAAAGAAUUGAAUGGCCAAUGCAGUAGGUAUGCGAAAUCCCUUUUACAAUGGAUAUGCACAGUAAGAAACAGUUUUGCGUGUCUUUUUGUGGUUUUGUGCUGUGGCUGGAGCUGGUGUAAAUUACUUUUUCUAUUCUACUUGUCCUAAGAAAUGCUAGAUAAUUUCUUGUGUAUUAUUUAAAAAUUUUAACCUUGAUCAAUAGACGUCAAGUGUAUAUUGGAUCGACAUGUGGGCUUUAAAUGCAGUGUGAUGUGAAGAUGGGUAGAACUACUAAAAUCUUAAGAAAACAAUGAGUGCACCGAGUGGAUGCGUUACUUGUAGUGAUGGGUCGCAACAGUUUGACGUCAAGCAUGACCCUGAUUGCUCAGAGGGAGAGGAUGCCCAGAUACGGAUGGCGCCUCACGUGCAGGCGUAUCUGGCACGCAACAACCCCACCACAAACUGCUGUGGGCUUACCAUCCCGAUUGCAUUUGAAAGAGCGGCUCCGGGCACAUGGUGGAACCCCAGAUUUGACUCGGACAUCCUCGAAGGCCAAUACAGAAGUAGUUCCUUUAGACAGAUAAGAUUAAGAUUUAGAUUUGCACUUUUAUACAUUUUGAUAUUUUCUAUAUCAUGGUUUGUCUACUUUGUCGUCCUUGGUUUGAACGGCGUAACAGUAAAGUGGCCAUUUUUGUGUUCUCUUUUUGCUGGGGUCCUUUUGAUAACAAGUGUCAUGCUGUUUGUUACAUUUACGAAUAUUUAUAAAGUGUACACGUUCAGGCUCCUGGUCAUGGCACUCGCCCUCUGUACUCUGAGCCUGUCCCUGGUGACGCUCACAACGCAGCUGGGGACGAGCUUCGCGACGGCUGCGGACAUCAGCCAGUCGGGACACUUCACCAUGUGCAUUGAAAUCCUAUUGAUUAUUUAUACACUCACACCGCUGCCGCUGUUUGCCUGUGUUAUCAUUGGACUUUUGUAUUCAAUAGUGUUUGAAGUGUUGAAUAUUGUUUUGCAUCUGUCAGAACAAGAAUGGCAAUGCCCCGGAAUGUUUGUGAGAAUUUUACUGCAGCUUUGUGUGCACAUAAUCGGUGUACAUAUAUACCUUAUGACAUUUGUGAGAAUGCGUGGCACGUUUAUGAAAGUAGGUCAAAGUUUAUUAGUAAGACGCCAGCUAGAAAUGGAGAAGCAAUUAAAAGAAAAGAUGAUUCAUUCAGUGAUGCCACCGAAACUGGCCACUUGGUUAAUGGAGGAGCAAGUACUUGAAUCUGACACAAGCUUGAAACCACACAACCCGCUCAACCCCAGGAUCUCAAACCCUGGAGCUUCGGACAUCAAGUCGUUGUUUAGGCCGUUCAAUAUGAGCUGCAUGGAUAACGUGAGCAUAUUAUUCGCUGACAUCGUCGGUUUUACGAGGAUGUCCAGUAACAAAGGUGCUGAAGAGUUAGUGAAUAUAUUAAACGACCUUUUUGAAAAGUUUGAUGAGUUAUGUCAGAAUCAUGGGUGUGAGAAAAUAUCUACCUUAGGAGACUGUUAUUACUGUGUAUCAGGUUGUCCGGAACCAAGGCCGGAUCACGCGACGUGUUGCGUUGAAAUGGGAUUAGGUAUGAUAGACGCCAUACAGGACUUCGACAGAGAGCGAGGUGAAGGAAUCAAUAUGAGGGUCGGAGUUCACACAGGCACGGUGCUGUGUGGUAUAGUUGGCACGCGUAGGUUUAAAUUUGACGUAUGGAGCAAUGAUGUAACUUUCGCGAAUAAAAUGGAAUCUACAGGGAAACCGGGCCGUGUCCAUAUUUCAGAAGAGACUAGUAGAUUCCUCGGGGGUUCAUAUAUAUUAGAAGGGGAAGAAGUUUUUGGCCACAAAACGUACUUUAUCGAGGGUCGGCAGUUGUAUUCCCCGUACGAACGGGAGCCGUGUUUCACUCCUUCCAAUCCUGUUAACUUACGCCUUAUCAUAUCACCCGCGGCGUCUCCUCAGUCCGUCCUCUCUUUCCACCACACUCCCAUUAUUGUCACACCGAAAGACGACAAACUGGGCACACAGAAACCUGAAUCCAAUAAUUUCCUUUCCCCUAGUUCAUUCAAUUUCCGAACCAAAGCAAGUUCAUUACCAAGUAUCUUAGACUCUGACACGGAAUUGGACGAGAAGAGAGACAAGGCUUACACUGAAGGGACUGACAGUUCGUCGAAAAGUCCGACUUCUGUGGGAAGUUACGGCAAGUAUACGAACAAGUUGAAAAACUGGAAGGUGCCAAGGUUUUUGAGAAAGCAUUCUGACACACCAUUGCACGAGAUAAAGAAGCAAGAUCUGAGCGAAAAGUCAAUACAGUUCCUAGAGCGUGGCGAUGAUCCCGCCGGCUUGCAGUCCAGUAAUGGUUACCAGCAAGUGCCCAUAGUGAUAGAAUCUCAGGACAAUAAGAGGCCGCUACAGAGUAACAGCAAGCUGCACAUGCCGCCGGGGGACCAUUCCGCCUCCUUCGACAGAGAAAUUAUCGACAUAAGGUCAUAUUUGAGUCAGUCGAGAUGCAACAUGUCUCCGUUCGCGAGAAGCAGUAGUUACCGAUCGCAAUAUGGCCGACAGAACGUUAUCGAGACGCCGGUGAGUCGCGCGCGCAGCUCGACGCUGACGACGCAGGCCGAGGCGCUGCGCCCGAGUGCCAAGGACCGCACGCUCAAGCUGCCGCUGCUGCCGUCCCCGCAGCCGGUGCGUCCGCACGAUGACGUCAUCAGCCUCUGCCCCUCCGUCAACAGCAGGAAGGACUCCGGCAUCAGGAGCACCAGCCGCCGCUCCAGCAUACAGCAGCAGAUAUUCGUGUUGAACCACAUCGCGAACUCGCAGAACGACAUGCUGCAGCACAGGGUGUCGGGGUACUACACGUCGAGCCAGUCGUCCCUGAACGAGUGCACGGCGAGGAGCCGCCUCCCGGCGCCGCUGAGCGAGCAGCAGGUGCAGUCGCUGCAGAAGCUGCGCAAGCAGUCGGACCUGCAGCUCAUCCGCUGCGUGCAGGACAACGCGCUCGGCGUCAACUACUUCGUGCAGCCGCCGCUCAACAGGCUCACGCUCUGCUUCAAGUCUUUGGAAAUAGAACACUACCGGGACAAGGCGCACAGAAGCGACGACUGCGAAGACUUCCCACCCACACUCACCACCUCUAGAUUUAAUACGGCUUUGGAUAUCUUAGUGUCGGCGAUCAUUUUUCUGGCAGUGAGUUGCUCAAUAUUUAUUUUGUAUGAUGACUGGCGACGGACCGUUGGAUGGUUUGUUUUCUUCACUUUCAUAGAGGUAAUUGCGAUGAUGUUAUGCGUGUAUAGGCACUAUCUGAAGUGGAAGACGCGACUGGACCCCCUCCUCGUGGCGGAUACAGUGAGACGCUCUGUCAGGAUAUUCAGAAAGCUAACCAACUGGUAUCCUUGGCACUUGUCAGGUAGUCUGUUGAUAAGCCUGCCGAUCCUGGUGGUGCUCAUCAAUUUCUCGUGCCAGAACACGACCAUGACUAUUUUGAGAGGCGAGCAGUCUUUCUACGUUUAUCUUCUGUGCAUAAGCAUCGCACUUUGCAACUUUACUCAAAUGAACUGGCUCGUGAAAAAUACUCUGGUGACGCUAUAUGCGGGCUUGUUUCUGUUCUUCGCGGUGCUCGGCUGCCACGAGGCGAAUACUCAACUGUUAGACGCUGAUAUUAAUCUUAAAGUAAAUGCGGUAACUUUUGCUCACAAUUAUACGGAUUACGUCGACGUCGGGAAUGAUACGUUGGACGCGUCCGAAUCGCAGGCCGGCGGAGACUUCGAAGGCAUGCACCAUAAGAUGCACUUGACGGAACUUUAUUUAGACGUGGCAUUGCUAUUGAUGCUCGUUUGGUUUUUGAAUCACGAAUUUGAAAUCAGUUACCGUUUAAGUUUCUAUAGCAAAGUGGUCGCAAACCGUGAUAAACAAAGAGUGCAAAACAUGAGGAACCAAGCGGACUGGCUCCUGCACAACAUCAUCCCGCGGCACGUCGCCGACCAGCUCUAAAACACCGCCAAAUAUUCAGAAAACCAUAAAGACGUAGGAAUUAUAUUCGCAAGCAUAGUUAAUUUUAACGAGAUGUACGACGAAUCGUACUUAAAGGGGAAGGAGUAUCUCAGGGUACUCAACGAGUUGAUAGCUGAUUUUGACGAGUUGUUAGAGCGACCGCAGUUUCAGCACGUAGAGAAAAUAAAAACCAUAGGCAGCACUUUCAUGGCAGCUAGUGGACUCAACCCCGACCUGAGGCACGCCUCGCGCGGUACUUACGACCACCUCUACCAACUGAUGGACUUUGCGUUAGAGAUGCAGAAGGUGGUCGAUAACUUCAAUCAAGAUUUGUUGGAGUUCGACUUUAUACUUAGAAUCGGUUAUAAUUUCGGCGAUGUGACGGCCGGCGUGAUAGGUACCACUAAACUGUAUUACGACAUAUGGGGCGACGCGGUGAAUAUAGCUUCGAGGAUGGACUCUACUGGAGUGAUAAAAAGGAUUCAAGUCGGCGAGGCGUGCAUCCCGGUCCUGUCUUCGCGAUACGAAUUCGAACAUCGCGGAAGCGUGUACGUGAAAGGCAAGGACAAUAUGAAUGUAUAUUUGGUAGUAGGAAAAAAGGAUACGUAGUUAAAUAAAAUAUAGAGGAACGUAGAAUCUGUGAUUUUAUAAUUUAUAUUGGUAAAGUGAAAAUAUAUACAGAUACCUAUUUAUUGUAUGCAGCGCGUUUUGUGUGCCGCGACAGCUUGAACA